AACUCCCAUGGCAACUUUGUGAAUCAUAUGUUUCGUGGUGUUCGGUUGGACCGAAUUUGAGAGAUCGCUAUCGGAACAGUCAGCCAGCCUGGUUGCAGCCAGUAGGCUAUAUGUAGACAGCAGUGGGUUUAAUCCAUCCAGAGUCAUGCAUAGAUAGGAAGUGACGAUUCUCCGCCUGUCAUCCUGGUUGUGACAAAGCAAUGGAACAAGACGAGCUCGAGACCCGAUUUGAUGCCGCAGUGCGAGUGAUACGGAGUUUACCCGAAGAUGGUCCAUAUCAGCCGGCGGAUGGCAUGAUGCUCAUGUUUUAUAGUUACUACAAGCAGGCUGCGCUGGGGCCAUGUAAUAUUCCAAGACCCACAGGAUACUGGGACACUGCAGGCAAAGCCAAGUGGGACGCAUGGAAUUCACUGGGGAACAUGUCAAAGGAGGAAGCCAUGCAAGCGUACGUCAAUGACAUUCAGCUGAUUCUGGAGACUCUUCCAGUCACAGAGGAGGUGUCUGACCUGCUGGAGGCUCUCGGGGGGUAUUUCUUCGAAGAAGUGGAGGGAGGAGUGGAGGAAGAGAAGGAUGAGGACAAGAGGGCCUACAGCAGGCCUUUCGCAGCAGCUGCAGUGGAAAUGCAGAUACAAAAGGGGUGUAUCCACAAACCAAAGAUGGAAGAGAGGAAGUCCCCAGGCCCUGACAUGAAUCUGCUCAGGGUGAAGGACCGCAAGUGGAGGUCAGAGGUCAGCUCGUCCAACGGCAGUGUGGAGCCCAGCGUCUCCUCCAUGACCAAUGGGACACAGAGCUCCCUCAACAGUGAGGUGGAGGAAGAGGAACUGGCCUACUCCAAAGAUCCCCUACCGGAGAACCGCUACAGGCAUCUGAACAGACACCUCAGUGAGCGUCUUCGAGUCAACGACUCGGACAAUGAGGAAUUCUGUGAUUCAAUGGAACAUUUAGCCAUGGAAGAGGAAUCGGGAAUACCCAGGGUACACUCCUCCGGGACAAGGGCAAGUCAAGCUAGGAGGAGGAGUCUUCAGGGAGAGACCCUGGAUGAGGACCUGAGUCUCCAGGAAGACUCCCCUCACAGGGAGGGGCUUCAUACAGAACGACGUGACAGUUGCUGGUCAAUGAGUGGAAUAGGUUCCAGGUCAUCGGGGCUAGGUUGCGGGUCACAGAUUUUUACCAGUGGAAAUGCUGCAGAGGGCUGGGUUAUGCAGAUCAGGACUGACGCUGUUGCCAAUGGUAACCUUAACGAGCACAUCGCCAUGGCGCUGACCAGGCUGCAGGAGGACAUGGCUAACGUGCUUCAGAGGCUUAACACUCUGGAGGCCCUGACCACAUUACAGACUAGAUCACUUUCUCAGGCUAGACAAGAUGACUCCUUAUCCCUGGCCAGAAAGAGUCCUUCGUGGUGGCCUUUGCACCUGUCUCCUACCACCGUGGUGUUUGCUACAGUCUGGCCUUUGAUUUCUCAUUGGCUGGUUCAUAUUUACCUGCAACGAAAGAGGAAAAAGAUAAGCUGAGGAUCGAGUGUUGUUAUUCAAGCAAGCCAAACUCGAGGGAGAAUUGCCUCUACUUUUGUAUAGAAAUUGUACUUUUCAUUUAAAUUCUCUAAAUGGCACUGUUUGGCACUGGACACCAGCUGUAAUUGUACAGAAAGGUGAUUUGUAAUACAUAAUUCACAAUUAAUUUUUUAUUUAAACAUGGUCUGGAUUUACGGGCACAAUACAAGGUUUACUUACCACUUGAAAAAUGUGUAAUAUUAUUUUGACACCCCACUAAUGCCAUACAAUAUUGUAACUUCAUGGAUCGGUUUCCCGGAUUCCUAUUGGACUAAAAAUCACUUUCAAUGGGAAUUCUCCAUUGAAGUCCAAGAGCUGGGCUCUUAUAGCUUAAUAUUUUCUUACCACAUGACAUAGUGAACCACUAACUUGCUUGACCAUUUGCUCUAAUUUAAAACAGGGUGCAGCGGCGCAAGAUAUAUCACAACUUUGUCACCUAGAAUUACAUUAUGGAUUCUGUUUCUUAAAAAUAGGCAAUACAUGAAUGUUUGUCAAAUGUAUACCCAUAAAAGUAGUGUACAUUGGCCUCCAAACAAAAUGUCACAAGUUUUACAUGACACUGCCUGAGGGGGAUCAAGACACAAUAGAUCUAUUGAUGUGGUGUUGAGGUCCAUGAACAGAACUAGAUUUUAUACAGUAUUUAUUAACCAUAUUAUAGUAUAUACUUAAGCGUACUCCUACUUGACAUUGAUGUUGAUGAAUAACCUUCCAACUAACACUAAUGGAUUAUAUAUUAAUAUUUUAUUCCCAAUAUAGCUAAAUAUUUCAGAAUAUUUAUCAAAGAAAUCCCAGAAGAACAUACAACAUUCAUUAAUACAGAGGGAUGAGGAAGGUUUCUGUGUGGAUCAAAGGCUGAACAUUAUUGUACAAUAUCUGCUGUCUAUUAUCAUUUGCAAUGAGCCCAAAUCAUUCACUUCCAGAAAGAAAUCCUUUAGGGUUUGUAGGAAUGGUUCAUUUUCCUAAUCUUAUGUAGAGAUUGUAGGUUUUUUUCUUCCUGUGAACACAUUGUGUAAUUUAUGAGAAAUGAAUGAUAGAAAACAACACUAUAGUGCAAAAUAUUGUAUUUGUAGUAUUUAAUUAAAUUACAAAGAAUGUAUCUAAGUAGCCAAUUGAUGAUUAUACAAUUAUAACCAGAGAUGCACCUGCAAGUUGCAAUAAAGCCUUGUUCACACUGCA